UGUGUGUGUGUGUGUGUGUGUGUUUCUCUGCAGCUGGGCCCGGUGUGUCUGGUGGUUAUGGGGGUCGUGUGUGUUCACUGCAUGCACUUGCUGGUCAACUGCAGUCAUCAGUUAAGCGACAGGGUGAAGCGUUCUCCUCUGGGUUACGGCGACACUGUGGCCGUCGCCAUGGAGACCAGCUCCUCAAACAUUCUCCGGAGAGGAGCCCACUGUGGGAGGUUGCUGGUGAGUUUCUUCCUGGUUCUAACACAACUGGGAUUCUGCAGUGUUUACUUUGUCUUUCUGGCAGAGAACAUCAAACAGGUGGUGGAGGGUAACCGUGGCAACGGGGAGGAGGGGGCGGGGCUUGACGUGCGCCUGUACAUGGUGCUCCUGGUCCCUCCGCUGGUGCUGCUGUCCUUCAUCAGAGACCUCCGGAACAUGGCCGUCCUCUCGGCGCUCGCCAACACCGCCAUGGCCGUCAGCCUGCUGUUCAUCUUCAUGUACAUCACCAGCGAUGUCGGUGAUCCAGGGCGUUUGCCUUUUGUGUCCAGCUGGAGGAAGUUCCCCUUCUUCUUUGGUACCGCCAUCUUUGCCUUCGAGGGCAUUGGAGUGGUCCUCCCCCUAGAGAACCAGAUGAAAGAGGCGUCUCGGUUCCCCGUUGUUCUGAACGUCGGGAUGUUUGUGGUCAUCGUCCUCUACGUCUCCUUGGCAACGCUGGGGUACCUCCACUUUGGGGACGACAUCAAAGGCAGCAUCACACUCAACCUGCCUCACGACAGCUGGACCAACCAGCUGGUAAAGGUGCUGUAUUCCCUCGGGGUGUGUGUGAGUUUCGUGGUGCAGUUCUUCGUCCCCGCCGAUAUCCUGAUCCCGCCCCUUCUUGCCCACGUGACGGACAGCUGGAAGCGGCCAAUAGAACUCCUCCUCAGGGCCCUGCUCGUCUGUCUGACCUGCGUGAUGGCGGUGUUGGUUCCCCGGUUGGAUCUGGUGAUUUCUCUGGUCGGCGCGGUGAGCAGCUCGGCGUUGGCGCUGGUCUUUCCUCCGCUGGUGGAGCUGAUCGUCCUGUCGUCCGCCGCGUCCUCCCUCUCUCCCUCGCUCUCUCUCUCCGCCCCUCGCGCUGCUCUCUCUCCCUCGCUCUCUCUCUCCGUCCUCGCCAAGGACCUCACCAUCGUGCUCCUCGGCAUUCUGGGAUUCCUCAGCGGCACCUACGUCACGCUGGAGGAGAUCAUCAGCCCCACGGACCCCACCCCUCGUCAUGGCAACGCCACCUGGACCACGCCCACACCUUCAGCCCCGCCCCCUUCAGCCACACCCAGACUAUGACCCCCCUAAACACACACACACACACACACACAUAUACACACACACUCUCC